AUGCACUUGAUAAAGAGAGGUUUGUGCGUCUACAUUCAAGAACUAAGUGACCAAUUUGUUUCACAUUUCUUACCCCUCCGACCCCAGUCUGCUUUACAGUCUUUUGGGCGACCCGGUGGCAAGCAGCUGGCUAUUCACUCUUCUUCGGUGCUUACCAGUUUGCAAAGUCGGUUGGCUCGGGUAUCAACGGCUUUCAAGACAGUGUUGGAGCGCCGCUCAGAGUCUCUGAAAGCGCAAGCCCGUCGCCGAGGUCACUAUUUGGAUAGUGGAUCGGCUCCAGACAAUGCUUCAUUGGAGGCGGAACUGGGUAGUGCGACGGUCCCUGCACCCCCACUUAUGCCUACGAGCACUGUCAUGCCUUCGAUUUUGCUCCAGGUGGGACAUUUUCACCCGAACCCUUCUUAA